CAUUAGUGUUCCUUAGACGUAUAAAUAUCGUGACAGAAACAAGAAGAGCUCAGUUGUAGAGAACACAGUCGUAUUUUAUUUUUCUCUUUCAUCUUUUAUUAUUACAGCUUAACGUUUCGGGGGAUCCGUGAUCCAAUUCAAAUCUUUUCGUCGUCGAUUCUAUCAAAUUCAAAUCCUAUCGCCGACAUGAUGUGCCAAAUCGUGAUAGCAUUCCUUUUGGUUCACAACCUUGCAGCCGUGACAUUCGACAUUCCACAAGACAUCUCGCCGAGCGCGCUCAUGAAUACGAUGCGGAAUAGCAAAGAACAACUGAACAGCGCCAAAUUUAAUAGCGAUGCCAACCUUAAUACAGUACAAAUGAUAAGAAAAGCUGGUUAUCCUGCAGAGGCUCAUGUUAUACAGACGCAGGAUGGUUAUCUUUUAACACUUCAUCGUAUCCCAAGUAACGAGCAUCAGCCAGUGUUGUUGCAGCAUGGUUUGUUGUGCAGCUCUGCCGACUGGGUCAUUGCCGGCAAGGAUAAAGGACUUGCUUUCAUAUUGGCUGAUCAAGGCUACGAUGUUUGGUUGGGCAAUAUUCGUGGGAAUACUUACUCAAGGGCACAUGUUUCUUUAUCUCCAUCGGAUUCAAGAUUUUGGAAUUUCAGCUUUCAUGAAAUGGGCAUCUAUGAUUUACCUGCGAUGAUUUCAUAUAUCACGAAUAUAACAUCACAUCCAUUGCACACAUACAUUGGUCAUUCGAUGGGUACAACUUCUUUUUAUGUAAUGGCAGUGGAACGUCCAGAAAUUGCUCGAAUGGUGCAAAUGAUGAUUAGUCUCGCGCCUGCAGUUUUUAUGAAUCAUAUGAAAAGUCCAAUACGAUAUUUUUCUCGUUUCACACAGGAAUUUGAGAUAAUCGCACAUUUCUUCGGUAAAAACGAGUUUCUGCCACACAGCGAUAUGCUAUACUAUCUGUCUAAGUAUGGCUGUGAGAUGUUUAAUAUUGAGAAGGAGAUCUGCGCCAACGUGAUAUUCCUAAUCUGUGGAUUCGACAAAGAACAGUUCAACUACACUCUGCUACCAAUAAUUGUGAAUCACGAUCCAGCCGGCGCCUCGGCUAAAACGCUGGUGCACUUUAGCCAGGAAAUCAAAUCGGGCAAAUUCCGUCAAUACGACUAUGGACGCAAAAAUAAUUUGCUGAUUUAUAAUGCAACGGAACCGCCGGAUUACGAUCUAGGGAACAUCACCUUGCCAAUUGCGAUAUUCUACGGCGACAAUGAUUGGUUGGCCAACAGUGUGGAUGUGAAGAAACUUUACCACCUGUUACCCAACAUAUUGGAUAUGUACAGAGUACCUAAAUUUAAUCACCUGGAUUUCAUCUGGGGCAAGGAUGCGCCUAAGCUCGUGUACAAGAGACUGCUUGAGAUUAUGAAGAAGAUAAUGUGCCAUAACGAUAAUAAAGAUAAUAAAGAUAAGAAAUGACUGAGAUAUCAAAGAUGUUACCAUAAAUUAAGAGUAAUUUAGCUCACUAUUUUAUAGUAGUUUGUGUAGAUGUAUUAAAAUGGCAUUAUUUUGUCGCUUUGAUCGUUUGACGUAAAACUGAAUGAAAUUUUCAAUACAAACAAAAAUGUAUUACAAAUUUCAA